GAUGAUGAGCUAAUCCAAGGCAAUCAGCCAGGCCCGGCCUUCCUCCAACGGACACCACGACUCCUCCCCGCCGAGCUGGCAACGGAGGAAACGCCUCCAUGGAACUGUUCCUUGUGGACCAUUUAUCAACAAGAAUCGUGCUACUGCUACCCAUGAACAGAUCCACAACGCCAGGUUCAGUUCACCCAACGGCCACAACGUCUCUCGGGCACCGGAACGCCGAGGCCGUCAGCAAGAGAGGAUUUGAAAUCUCACCUCAGCUCAGCUGCGCCCGUGCACACACACAGUACACGGUACUAACACAGAGCACGACGCACACUAAUCCCAUUAUCAAAUCUCCGAUCGCUUCUCCCGAAGCCUGCAUAAAUAAAUACCAGCUCCACACGUCCCCACUACAAUCUUCCCCUUCCUUCCAUCUACCCAACUCACGAGUCCUUCCGUCCAUUCACCAUGGGACUCUGUUUUAGCAAGAAAAACCAGGAGAAGCCACCGCCACCGGCGAAGCAGCCGAGUGCGGAGGCCAGCACCAAGUCGAAGAAGAAGCCCGGCAAGGUUGCUGACGAGAAGGCCAAGAAGAUCACGCCGCAGCCCAGGAGGGCGGCCAAGGCGGAGGAGGAGCCUGCCGCGGCAGCGGCCGGCAAGAAGGCGUCGGUCGUCGUGAAGAGCAAGGCGGCUGCGGUCGUGGAGGAGGAGAAGAAGAAGGAAGAGGCGAGGCAGGCGGUGGUUGUGGCCAAGGGCCCCGUGCCGGUGCGCACGUCGAGCUGCACCAAGGAGGAGGUGGACGCCAUCCUGAUCCAGUGCGGGCGCCUCAGCCGGAGCUCGUCCGGGACCGGGAGGGCGGCGUCGAGCGAGACGGGGACCGGUAACCGGAGGCGUUCCGGGUCGAAGAGGAGCUGUGACUUUGAUCAGGAGAGGAGGGGCGGUGGUGCGGAGGAGGACUGCGACUGGGAGGGGCACGGGGUCCCUGUGUCAAGGCCGUCGCCCCACCGGAGCUCGCCGCAGAGGAAGCGGUCGGGGAGCCGGGAGAGGACCGGCGGCGGGAGCAGGAGGUCGAGCCGAUCACCUGGGCGGCGUGGGGAGGGCGGCGCUCCCUCUGCGGGGGCGGCGAGCUCCGGCGCCGCGAGACAGCAGCCGGGGAAGAUGGUCUCCGUGCCGGCGAGGGAGAAGGGGCGCGCGCCGUCGCCCGCUGUCGUGGCAGGGAAGGGGUGCGCGUCUCCGCGAUCGAGCUCGCCUGCGAGGGUGGCCAUGGCCGCGGGCAAUGAGAAUGCUGGGGCGGGACAGAAGACGGCGGGGCCGACGCCGUCGCUGAGCCGGAGCUCGUCCAGGAAGGCCGAGAAGUCACCGCACCGGCGCAACCCCAUGGCCGAGAUCGACGAGAAUUCCCUCCGCAAUAACAACAGCAGCAAUGCCAAUCCCCAGAAGAAAUCGACGGAGGUUGCCGUCGCCAAGCCCACCGAACGUGCAAAGGAGAAGAAGGCGGAGAUAGCAGAGGAGACAAUGGUCGCGGCGUCAGAGACGAGAGCACCCUCGUCGAAGACCACCGCGACGCGCACGGCGACCGAGAACCUCAAUCCGAGGGCAAGCUCUCGGUCCCGCAGGCCGUCGCGCGACUUCGACCAGAGCCCCAACUUAAGCGCCACCCAGGUCCUCGACGACAUCCAGAACUACCACCACGCCUCCGGAACGCCGCCGCCAUCCUUCUCGCUCCCAGCCUGCGUCUCCAAGGCGCGCUCCAUCGUCGAGGCCGUGGCCGACCUCAAUUCAUCCUCGUCCGAGAGCCGCGCCUGCGAGCGCUCUAACGACAAGGGCUCUGUCAACGCGCCGGCCGGCCGGCACGACGACGACGUCGACCUCGUCGAGCCUAGCGUGCACAGGUACGUGUCGGUGAGAGACAUCCGUGGCCGUGGGGAGACCGAGCUGCAGGAGUCCGCGGGGAGCAACAGCCUCUCCGGCAACCCGUGGACGCCGUCCUGCGAGUCCACGGACCGGACGUGGAGCACCUCGCGGUCGUCCAACAACGGCGACGAGGUCGUGGACCAGGACCCUGGCCGCCACGGGGCGCGCAGCCCGAUGAACCGGCCACGGCAGAGCAAGCAGAGGCCGGCGGCGCAGCCGGAGCCCAGUGGCCGGUCGCGUGCUGCUGGCAGCUCCGGCGUCAAUGCUCACCGUGGACGCAGCAGCGCUCAUCGCGGCAGCGGCAGCGUGGCCAGCGGCCGAUCGGUUGCCCGUGGCGUCUCGGCGGGAUCGUAGACUCGUAGGGAAGGGAAAUUGGGCAAGAUGUAUGAGUUGUAGUCUACGUUGAUAGUGGCAAGACGGAUUGCUGCUUUCAUGACAGUUUGAGACGAGAGUCAGAGAUAUGUUUGUGUUUCGUUAUUUCGGCGAUACAUUGUUAAGAUGCAUUUUGGCAAUGUACACGGUGUUAUGACUUAUCAGUCUGCUGUUCUUCAACAUCAUUGUUUGGCUCCAAACUUGAACCUUCUUGUUGAA